AUGUUUCACUGGUUCCAGGACGAUGGGUCUUCCAGGCAGAGUUGGAUAUCCAGUGGCUCUUCUGCAGCUCUUCAUUGCUGUGGUGCUGCUGUUCGUUGGAGCCUCCGAGGGAGCAACUGUGGAUUAUGAAGGGUGGAAGAUCUUGAGUGUCGACCUUGAGAAAACGAGCGGAGACGCUUAUCCUCCCACCCUGACCAAACUGGAAGAAAUGGAAGCUGAGGGAUACUUGGUCGUCCUGUCUUCUUCCAAAAGCAAAGGUACCGCUGAGGUAGCUGUGUCAUCAAAAGCUUUAGAGGAUCUGACCAAAAUGCAGGAAGAUGGACUGAUAACUUUUGAAAUAGUAUCUGAUAACUUUGGCAGGGUAUUGGCCUUGGAGGAUACCAGUAAGGUGAAAGUCCUUCCCAGCGCCUCAGCGACAUUCAGCUCUUUCAUGGAUUUCAGUCAAAUAUCGAGUUACUUGGUAGGCUUGCCAUCCCAAUACCCAGACAGAGUCGAGUGGAUGAAGUUGGAAGGAGCGUCGAGAACCGCACUCUCUAUCGAGUUCGGGUGACCAACAACAUCACAAAUGACGUAACGAAGAAAGUUUUCUUCAUUGACGGAGGUAUACACGCUCGUGAAUGGGUCAGCCCAUCUGCUGCUUUAUACGUCAUAGAGAAACUUCUCGCUAAUACGGGGCUUACGGAGAGUAUUGAAUGGCAGAUCAUGCCCUUGCUAAAUCCCGAUGGAUAUGUCUAUACUUGGACCCAGAAUCCUAUGUGGCGCAAGAACAGGGCUCUUUCUACCUCCUCCACUUGCGUCGGCGUUGACCUCAACAGAAAUUUUGGGUAUCAGUGGGGAGGAAACGGGACAAGCAGUAACCCUUGCUCCAAUAUUUACAAGGGAGCGUCAGCCUUUAGCGAACCAGAAAGCAGGGCUCUCAGAGAUGCCAUGUUGCCCCUGACUGGCAAAGUUAAGGCCUACAUCACUUUCCACUCGUAUGGACAAUACAUCAUCUACCCUUGGGGCUAUUCGACCAGCGUCACCCACCCACUUACUAAGACCAUGAAUACUGCUGGAAAAGCGAUGGCCCGAAGAAUUAGAACAAAAACUGGAGCUGUGUACAGUGUUGGCAACUCAGCUCGGCUUCUUUACCCUGCCGCUGGAGCAUCUGAUGACUGGGUGUCGUACACACUGAACACAACUUACGUCUACACAAUUGAGCUGAGAGACACCGGAUCCUCCGGCUUCGCACUGCCUGCGUCUGAGAUCUUGCCAACUGUAAAAGACGCCUGGGAGGCUGUGAAGUAUCUGGCUACUCUCAUCUGAAGGAAAUGGCCAUCAGUCGACAACAGACGAAGGCUCCAGCAACACAACGUGGAAGACAAGGAGCUACUGCAGUAGUUGGUGACGCAAAUUAUGAAAUGAAGUCGUAGUAAUAUUGUUAUUAAGACAUUUUUUAAAUUAAAUUUUUCAAUUAAUGAUUAAAAUUUUUUUUUGUUCAUAAACAAUAUUUCGUUCUUUUCUCUUUGUAUUGCAUUGCAUCACUCAUAGACACAGUUGUGUUAAUUAUUUGAAAUAAAAUUCGUUUGU